UGUUCUGACGAGAAGUUCAUUAAGAGCUAAAAGAAGAGAACCAUUAUGUUAACGUUUAAAGUAUUUUAUUUGACUCUUCCGAACAGUUUUCAGAACAAAUUUGAGAAGCUGCCGAUAUAUAUGUGAUGUAAGCCUGCAAUUUUGGUUUUGAUAUAUUGUAUUCCUUAAUCGUUUUCAGUAUGAUCAUCCACACUGAUUCUUUUUUCUACCUUUUAGUUCUGUGCUCCUGCAACGGAUUACCUGAACGCUGAACUAAUUUAGAGAUUUUCGCACCCUCGUCAAAUCAUGGACCAAAAGUUUGCUUUUGUGGCUAUGAUCCUCUUGAUACUUCCCUCCAUUGCAGCUGCAUUGGAUCCCUGGGUCAAACUGAAUUUCCUUCCUGUAUGUUUCGGCGCAAGGAAUAACCAGUAUGGCAGUUUCAACGUCCCUUACGGUGGCAAGAUAGCCGCAGUAAAAUUAACCCAUCUCAGCGGUUACGUCAUGUGCCAGUCUGGCUACAUUUCCUACUGGUCUUUCUGGGGCUGUGGUAACAAUCCCGCAGUGAAAAAUCACGUCAGUGUAACCGUAACAACAUCAAGUAAUAACCUCAUUUCACCGCCAAAACUGUUCUUCACGUAUGCUGGAGGAGCUGGAAACUGGGCCGAGUUACCCGGAUAUAACUCGUAUUCUCCUGAGAUUAUCCUGCCGCGCUUUUCUCUUUACCAGGUCAGUGCUGGCCAAGAGCUGCGGGUGUGGUAUGGGGAGGAUUUGGCGGGCUUCACUGAACACGACAAUGGAGGAUGGGUCUGCUGUAAUGUUUAUGCUCUCUACGUCUAAUAAAUCCUGGCAAGUUUUCAGUUACAAGUUUCUGGCAGUUUUUCUGGAAUAAUGAUAUUAUUUUGCGAUUUCUAGUUGCAACAAUUAAGGAGUUUAAGGGUUUCAUUAAUUCUAGUAACAGUUAGUAUUCGAAGUAUUGCUUUCUCGUCGUUAGGGGAAAAGGAAAUUUAGAAACGAAGCUGUAUGACAACUGUGUCUGAACUAAGUGAUUAUAUCAGUGGCAAUAUUUUUCUUUUAAUCUGAGCAACUAAAAUAAAACAAUGGCAUUAAAAAAAGGAGUUGUUUCUUUUUUUUCCCUCCUCUUUACAUCGCUCAUACAUGUUUUUAUGUGCCAUGCAAUGGGUACAGUUGAACCCCGCUAACUGGAAGUCGGUUAUUUCGAAUUAAUAGCCGAACCCGGCGCUUUUAUAAGUCCUACACCUUACAGCGACUAGGCCUCUCCCGAUUGUGCUCGGCAACGUUUGAGCAACUUUUGGCUUUUGGAGCAACUAUUUGCGGUUUUAGCAACCUCGAGCAGGCUUUGCCUUUCUGAGCAACUUUUAAGCAGAAUAUAGGUUUACAGCACAUAUUAGGGCCUUCAAUAAGAUGCAGUUCAACGAUAAGUGUGUUGAUUGUAUUCUUGCGACUAACUCUAUAGCCGACGACAAGACAGGUGGCACUUCAGAACAGGAUAUUGAUCAGGCAUCAUUUCCGGCAGAGGUUACUCCCUUAUAUGGGCUGCAUAGGUUGUGCGGCCUCAAAGGGUAUGGUUUGUUUUCAGCCG